AUGAUAUCGCGUAGAUCAAAUCCAAGUUUGAGCGUCGUUCGAGGGAGGACGACGGGCAUGUCUGUGCGCUACAUAUAGGCGCGUACCUAAGGCUACAAUACAAUAUGAGUAAGAAACAAACAACUCUAUUAACGUGCUUGGGAUUGUCGUGCAACGAGUCUCGGUACUCCCCAAAAGCAUACCGGCAUCACUAUUAUAUGGUUGAUAGAGGCUACGGUCGUGGCAUACAUAGUUCAUGCAUGCAUGAUGUGUGCUCGUGCCUCCAACGUUUAGACUGGUGUUCUAGAAGGCACUGCAGAGGUGGUGGAUGUACCUGCGUAGCAUCACUGCAGACUGAGUGCGGGCGGUGUGUCAACAUGUCAAUAUAUGGAUGUUGUUGACUAUGCAAUGUUGAUUGGGCUGGGCCAAGGUGGGGCAAAUGGAGUGGUGCAGUGAGACCUGAGCUGCCCACCCCCACCAUGAAUGAUGUGAUGAGAGAGAAUGCACUGCUUGGCAGGCAGAAACGUAAGGCAUUAGUACCCAUCUAUCCUUC